CUGCCUAAAAAACCUCCCAUAAUUCAAGACGACGUCUUAUUGGACCAGACCGCCUUCUGUACCCGUAUCCACUCAUAUCAAACUUCACAUCGCCAUCAACAGCACACUCACCAACAUCGCUCCCCCAGAAUUAUCACGCAGCUAUAACAAUGUCAGAAAUUCUCUCUUACGACGAGACUCUCGACACAGACAUCCCCGAGCCGACCCCAGGGUUUCUCAGUCUUCGCUGGAACUUCAAGCAAGGACCCCUCUCCGACGUCAUCAAGGUGCUCGCUGACGCUACCGAUGCCAACUCUGACCAGGCACCAUGGGCCGAUAAAGAUGGAAAAUUCCAUGAUGUUUCAGAAUUGUCUAUUUCAGAUCCGCCUAUCUCGUCCAUCCGCCUUUCUGUCGAUGUGCUAGACCGCGACGCGGAUGCCGACGAAAACGGCGACAACGAAGCAGCCGACGAAGAAGACGAUUCCGAGGACAAAGGCCCUUCUCUAGAAGUGAAAUCGUCUUCUAAACCUUUUGUUACCAUUGGAGAUUAUGUCGCCGCGGUGCAUCCGUGGAUUCUGUCCCUCCGUGAUGAGUAUCUGGAAAAGCGCGGUAAUGAGAUCAACGGCGAAAAGCUCCCCAGCGAUACUGAUUUGUGGUUUAACCCGACCAGCCUGGACUACAUCAUGAUAACAGACUCGCAAUCCACCAAGGAGCAUCUGGAUGCUGUUUGGAGAAUUGUGGCCGAUUAUGCGUUGAACUUGCUUGAUGAGACAUUUCCAGAGGAGACGUUUGACGAGGAUGAAGAGUAACUGCCGUGAGGCUUUCUGCGUCUUAGACUUUCAGGGCAACACUAUUGAAUACAAGAAAGGUUGUGAUUGUAUUGAUGAGCCAAUUACAACUCUACGACGCAGCACAAAAAAAUACGGCAAUAAGGUCUCGUCUAUGCAGACAAGAAUAGUAUUACCACAAGGCAGCUUUCCAAAUGGAACAUAGUACAAUGCAAUACAAUAGAAUUAUGAGGUCAAAUCAACCAGUGUACAGUCAAACAGUGUCA